UCUAGAGCAAGUGGAAAGGAAAUCCUCGGAGAGGCGCGCCACAGCUUUCUGCCACCUCUUCGUCUUCCUGCUGUUCUGAUGAUAAAAGACGUUACUUUUCUCCGAGUGACGGACAAGUUCAUGUCCAUUUGACCCAGCCGGAUGUCGUCUCCAUCCACGUGACAGAAGAAUAUCGAAAAAUGAACAGAAAAAAACGUAAAAAAAAUUCACCCCGUAGAGGGGACGAUUUUAUCCCUCAAAAAUUAAUGGGCAAAAUCAACGUGACGAUUUUGGACUUGAAAUCCUGAUCAUUUGUCAACGGAAAAUGUCACAGAAUCGCUAUUGAUCCCCCGGACAAGCGUAAUUAUAACGUUAGAGAGGAUUCGAAUUGACGACAAUCGUCGUUCACCAUAUCAGGAAUUUAUGUGCCGACAGGAACAGAUCUAGAUAACACCGACUCGGAAAUAAAGUGCACCGAGUUACGCGUAAUAGAACUGGUGUAAUUCGUAUUGUACAGGGAGUUUGGAGUUUCUGGGUGAAUUGUAACGCUUCAGAGGCAUUUCGAAACGUCGAGUAACAGGGGAGUAGGACACCAUUGACAAUGGAUUGCCUAUUUUAGGGAUUCGUAAUCAUUGAUUCACGUCCUACGCGCUGAUAAUACUAUGCUGAGAAAACCUGACUCCAGAUCAGGAACGAAAAGAAAAUGUUCACCGUCACCUGGAGCCCCAUCUAGGACAUAAACCCAGAAAUUUGUAGCUCAGUGUCAACCUGAACAGAAAAACUAUUGCCCACUUCGAUAAGGUAUCAUAUACCUUUUUACCUCAAGUUCCCGGGAAAAUAAAAAAAAUCCUGAUACGACUCUUUGCCAGAACUCGGAGGAAUUCCUCCAUCCGGAAGCGAAAGAAGUCUAAAAGUGUUCCAGCCCCUGAUGUGAUGUUACCAUUUUACCAUAUGUCUCACCAACACAAGCCCAAGUAUUCGCGGCUCUUCCUGGACACGAUGGUGUAUUUCUCUCCGGACACGUCAACGUCAAUUCCGAAUUUCUUGAUAUCGCUGCGUUCCAGUGAUAAUGAAGAAUCUUGUCGCGAAGGUCCUAAACUGAAGGUCGUGUCGACAAUGUCAGCUGGGUACGAUCACCUCGAUGUCCCCGAGAUCAAACGGAGGGGAAUUCAAGUUGGACAUACGCCCCAGGUUCUCAGUGCUGCAGUUGCUGAGAUUGCGGUGAUGCUCUUGCUGAAUGCUGCAAGACGGGCACACGAGGGUCGUGCUCUUCUCGAAGAGGGAAAGAGCGGAAGUGGUCCCCAGUGGCUUCUUGGCCACGACCUUCGUGGUUCAACGGUGGGAAUAGUUGGUCUAGGAGGUAUUGGCCAAGAGGUGGUGAAACGUCUAGUCGGUUUUGCAGUUCGAAAAUUCUUGUACACCGGGCACAGCCCGAAAAAAGCUGGUGAUGAACUGGGAGCUGAGUUCGUCUCUCUCGACGACAUCCUUACGCAUAGUGACUUCAUCGUCGUUGCUGUGCCGUUGACAAUCGAAACGCGGGGAUUGUUCAACGACGCGGCUUUCAGUAAAAUGAAGAAAACCGCUGUUCUCGUUAAUGUCGGGCGUGGAGCUGUUGUUAAGACGAGCUCUCUCCUGAAGGCGCUCAAGGAGAGGACGAUAUUCGCGGCAGGGGUGGACGUUAUUGAUCCUGAGCCACUGCCAAAAGACCACGAACUCCUGAGACUACCGAAUUUUGAGAUUGUGCCACAUCUUGGAUCUGCCACUGUCAAGACAAGGGAAGAAAUGUCUGCUGUUGCUGCGCAGAAUAUUUUAGACGCCCUUGGGGGUCAACCACUUGCCUAUCCCCUCUAGGGGGUUGACGAGUGAUACUCAGGCUGUGGGCCAAAUUAGGACUUGAUUUUUUGUAAUAAAAAUAAUUUCUUGAAGGGGCACUCCUAACAAACAUGAUAAUAAUUUAAAAUUAUUAUAAUUUGAAAAUAGAACCAUAAAAAAAGAUUCUCAGUAUUUCGAAACGUCUCAGAGCUCUUCAUCAGGAGAAUUUAUUAAGGUUGUGCAGUGAGGUGAAAGCUUAUGGGAGUGGGAAUGAAGGUUAGUGUUCUAACCUCACUUUCGUGCCCCAUUCUUCAAUGUAUAACCUCCAAAUAUUGAAUUUGUUAAUUGUUGUGAGUAUUCCAGAGAUGUGAAAGUAUUAUUGUAAAUUAUGACAUACUAACAUUUUUAAUAAUAUUCUUUUAAUAUACAGAUUCAAUAAACAAUCUUACGAAUA